AUGAGCGCGCGGAUGCGACGCGCGCUCGCCAUCGCGCUGAUCAUCGUGCUGCUGGUGUGCCCGCAGCGCGCGGACGGCCAAUUCCUGAGCAAGUUCAUCGGCAAGAACGUGCGCAGGGUGUGGAAGGACCGCCGCGAUGCCGCCGCGGAGGGCCGCGCCCCCGCCGGGUGGCUGGACCGAACGUUCGACUGGCUCGACGGCCGCGUGGGCGAGGUACUCAACAGGGUGCCGCUCGGACGAUCGCACUACGACGAGGAGACCGCGGCGCGCGAGUGGAAGGAGACGUUCGGAGACGACGGCUCGUUCGAGGCCUCGGACGGCGGCGCGACGUGGGAGUCGACCACGACGCAGCCGGCGGGCGGUGCCGAGGAACUCAUCGUCGAGGAGCCACUCAUCGUCGAGGAGCCACGCAUCGUCGAGGAGCCACGCAUCGUCGAGGAGCCACGCAUCGUCGAGGAGCCACUCAUCGUCGAGGAGCCGACCCGGGAGGAAGUCGGUCGCGGGUCGGAGUCGCAACCUCAGACGACGAAGGCGAAGGAGGAGUCGCAACCUCAGGCGACGAAGGCGAAGGAGGAGAGGAAGCCCAAACUCAAGAGGAAGGGUCCGGACCCUCUGGCGGACAAGAAACGCAAACCCGACUUUGUGUUCACCAUGGGAGGCCGCGACGAGGAAACGGCGGGUGACGAGGGGGAGGGAGCACCGGGGACCCGCGACAAGCCUCGCGAGCCGGAAUACAAGGACGCCGAGGAUUCCGGGGGCAGGUUCAACAACCCCGAGUUCCAACAGCACAUACUCGACACGGUGGCGCGAGCCAAGGCUAAGGCGGCCGCGAAGGCGGCCGCGAAGGCUGCGGCGGCGAGGAGCUCCAAACCCGGGUACACGCGCGAGAAGACCGGCGCCAACAUCGGCGACGCCGUGACCGACCUGACGCAGAAGGAGGAGGCUCGGAUGAAAAAGGCCAAGGAGGAGGCGGAGAGGGCGAAGAGCCAACGCGCCAACGUAAAGCCGAGUGGGGCGACGAUCGACGUCAAGACCGAGAUUGCGGUGCUUCGUCAGGACACCUUCGACGCGGCGACUGCGCUGGCGCAGAGGAUGUCGGACGGCGUGGGACUGGGCAGAGCCGGCGGCCUCGGCGGCGUCGACGGGGACGCGGAAAAGGUACCGGGGUCGGACAAACGAAGGUGGAUCAUCGCGUUCUGCACGCGGUGGGCGCCCCCGUGCAACCUGCUCGUGCGAGAGUUUGCGUUGUUACAGCGGGACGAGAGGGUGAAGGACUUUGCCCUGGGUUGGGUCGACUGCACUCCUCCCUCGAUGUCCACCUUUUGCGCGGGACGGUUCCAAUCCCGGGGGUAUCCGAGCGUGGUCGCGUUAACCGGAGGCAGGCUCGUCAGGUUCGCCGCCGUGGACAGGGAGCGCAUCGCGGGGGUCAUCGCGCCGUGGGCCAAGACAGUCGCGGAUGACAUCGACGGCUGGGCUCCAAACUCGGGCGAACCGGCGCCCGGCGAGUCCGUGCCGCCGCCGGUCAAGUUGAAAAAACCGCCCGAGGAUGGAACGAGGGGCGCGCGGGCGACGUACGAGUCCGAGGCGGACGCGGUUGAGCGGACGGUCGAGGCGCGGCGAAAACGGGAGGAGCGGGAGCGUUACGAGAGGCUCCUCGAGGAGAAGAGGCGGAUGAUCGAGAGGAAGGAGGCUGCGAAAUCCGGAAAGAUUAAGACGAAGAAACCCGCGGCGACUGAGGAGCCGAAGUCGAGGAUGAGCGCCAGGCGAAGGUUUCGGACGGAACAGGACGCGGCGAGGACGGAGCUGUGA